GAGGGUUGACAGGAGCGGAGUGGCCUUGUCUGUGGCGUUGCUGGGGUCUUUUCGGCGGCGCGAUGAUCCCCACAGAGGAGGCGUCCACCCGGAGGAGGGAAAUAGAAGAGAAGCUCAAGCAGGAAGAAGAAACAUUGUCUUUCAUCAGAGAGAGUCUAGAGAAAAGUGACCAGUUGACAAAAAACAUGGUUUCCAUUCUCUCAUCCUUUGAAAGCCGCUUGAUGAAGCUAGAAAACUCCAUUAUUCCUGUGCAUAAGCAGACUGAGAACCUUCAGCGCCUGCAGGAGAAUGUUGAAAAAACACUGUUCUGCUUGGAUCAUGUCAUAAGUUACUACCAUGUAGCAAAGGACACUGAGAAGAUAAUAAGGGAAGGCCCCACGGGGAGAUUGGAAGAAUACUUGGGCUGCAUGGCUAAAAUCCAGAAAGCUGUGGAAUAUUUCCAAGACAACAAUCCUGACAGCCCAGAACUCAACACAGUGAAAUUGCUGUUUGAAAAGGGGAAAGAGUCCCUAGAAUCUGAAUUCCGUAGCCUUAUGACUCGACACUCCAAACCAGUUCCUCCAAUCCUUAUCCUGGAUCUCAUCAGCAUAGAUGAAGAAAUGGAAACCCAAGAAGAUGUGACCUUAGAACACCUUCCUGAGAGUGUCCUACAGGACAUCAUCCGUAUUUCUGGUUGGUUGGUGGAGUACGGAAGGAAUCAAGACUUCAUGAAUGUUUACUACCAAAUCCGUUCCAGCCAGUUGGACCGCUCUGUUAAAGGGCUGAAGGAGCACUUCCGGAAGAAUAGUUCUUCCUCAGGUGUCCCAUAUUCCCCCGCCGUUCAGAACAAGAGGAAGGACACACCAACCAAGAAACCCAUCAAGCGACCAGUCCUCAUCCCAGGCACGAUCCGUAAGGCUCAGAACCUUCUGAAACAGUAUUCUCAGCAGUGUCUAGAUGGGAAAAAGGGGGCCUCUAACUUCAUUCCUAUGGAAGGGAGAGAUGACAUGUUGGACGUGGAGAUUGACGCAUAUAUCCACUGUGUGAGUGCCUUCAUCAAACUGGCCCAGAGCGAGUACCAGCUCCUGACGGAAAUCAUCCCAGAACACCACCAGAAGAAGACGUUCGACUCUCUCAUUCAGGAGUCAUUGGACAACUUGAUGAUAGAGGGGGACAACAUUGUCUCUGCAGCCCGGAAAGCCAUCAUGCGUCAUGAUUAUUCAGCCGUGCUGACUAUCUUCCCUAUCCUGAAGCACUUAAAACAGACAAAACCAGAAUUUGAUCAAGUUUUGCAGGGCACUGCGGCCAGCACUAAGAACAAGCUCCCAAGCCUCAUUACCUCAAUGGAGACGACAGGAGCCAAGGCUCUGGAAGACUUCGCCGACAACAUCAAGAACAACCCAGACAAGGAGUACAACAUGCCAAAAGAUGGGACAGUUCAUGAACUCACCAGCAAUGCUAUUCUUUUCCUACAGCAGUUGCUGGACUUUCAGGAAACUGCAGGUGCCAUGCUGGCCUCCCAAGAGACCAGCUCUUCAGCCAGUAGCUACAGUUCUGAAUUCAGCAGACGACUGCUCAGUACCUACAUCUGCAAAGUUCUGGGCAACUUGCAACUAAACCUUCUCAGUAAAUCCAAGGUUUACGAGGACCCAGCUUUAAGUGCCAUCUUCCUGCACAACAACUACAAUUACAUCCUCAAGUCCCUUGAAAAAUCUGAACUCAUCCAGCUGGUGGCUGUGACUCAGAAAACCGCUGAAAGGUCUUACAGAGAACACAUCGAGCAACAGAUCCUGACAUAUCAGCGCAGCUGGUUGAAAGUAACAGAUUACAUCUCGGAAAGGAACCUGCCUGUCUUCCAACCUGGAGUCAAGCUGAAAGACAGAGAGAGGCAGGUGAUCAAGGAACGCUUUAAGGGUUUCAAUGAUGGCUUGGAGGAGCUGUGUAAGAUCCAGAAGGCAUGGGCCAUCCCUGACAUGGAGCAGAGGGACAAAAUCCGACAGGCUCAGAGAAACAUCGUACAGGAGAUCUACGCUGCCUUCCUAAACAGGUAUGGCAAUGUGCCUUUCACCAAGAACCCUGAGAAAUACAUCAAAUACCGAGUGGAGCAGGUGGGCGAGAUGAUUGAGAAACUGUUUGACACGUCAGCAUGAUCUUCCUGCAUAACUGCCAGGUUUUUUUCCUAAUUCCCUUUGCCAGCCCGCUGCAAAGGGCGUAGGUCACAUUUGUAUUUAUGAGAUUUAUAAACUGCUAACAAUACGGUUGAUGGCUUGUCUGAAUUUUUCAUACAUGACAACUGAAAUCUUUCCAGGUAAGGUUGUGCGUUUGUGCCGAAUGCAUGUGUUGUCGAGAUACUAAUAUUUUGUGAGGCUAUGGAAAGAAUCACCUGUCUUAACAGGGUUUAAGUCCUUCUGUUCAGUGUGCAUACAGACUUUAAUAUGUGGCAAACAGUGAGCUGUACUCUCGUCUAAAGAACUAUUCCUGGCCAGUUCAUUCCCAUGUGAGCCUGAAAGCCCCAAAUGUCACUUUAUAGCCUUCAUGGUUAUCAUCUUCAUCAAUGUACCAUAAGUUAUAUAUCCAUUUUCAUUACUGAAAGGGAGAGGCAAUGGCUCAGUUGCAGAGCAUGCAUUUGGCACAGAGAAGACCCCAGGUUCAAUCCCUGACAUCUUCAGUUGACAGGAUCAGAUAGCAGGUUAUGUGAAAGACCUCUACUCGAGACCCUAGAGAGCAGCUGCCCGUCAGAGUGGACAGUGCUGACCUUGAUGGACUACUGGUCUGAUCAAUAUAAGGAAUCUUCAUGUGUGUUAAACUUUAUUAAAUACAAAGUGAGAUUUUGGAGUUUGGCUUCAAACUGAAACUAGAAUAAAAUGGCAAUCACUGAAGAAUUUGCCACAUGCCUGCCAUAUUAAAAACACAGUGUACUGACUGAUGUGGCAAAGGCAGACUCCCAGACUUAACUGGGGGGAUCAAUUGCAGGCCGCACGGGAGGAGGGCAGGAUGUGGGGUGGCCAGAACAUUAGGGGCGGGGCGGGCUUUCAGCAGCCUCAAUGGGAGCAGAGCCCACGCAGCUCAGAUUCAAAUGCCUGGGCCAGCCAAUCAAAUCAGGCUGGCCUGGACGGAAGGGGCAGGGAAGAGGGCUAAGGACCUGGGAGGCGCACUUUCUGCACAGGCCCACUACCCCUUCUUAAGAGGGAGGCAGUCUCUGCCCCUCGACAGUUGGCUCAUACUGGCAUCCCACCCAGCCCUCCCUUUCGUCACGAGAGAGCUGGCAGUGUGGGCAUUGGGCACCGAUACGUUUGGGGGAAAAAAGGGCUUGUGAGCUCUGUUUCCUCAUUAUGGGGAUCCCCUUAAGGGGUCUGGGGAGUGGGCCAUGGCAGGUAUGUGCCCAGCUCAGGGGCUGUCAGGUCCUUUUCACUCCCAGGUGGCAGGGGAUCCACACGGGUGCACACCCAGGUGGUAUCUCCCUAAUUGUCAUCCCGUGGUUCCCCCCCCCACCCUCAGCAGGGAUCUGAGAGGGUGUGGUGGUCAUUGGCUGGCAGGCGGGUCAGCUGAUGUUCAGAUCAGUGCCCUAUGCAGCACCAAUGCUCUGCGAGCUGUAAUCAAUAAAGUUGUGGCCUAUUUUAACUCCAUCAUGGUUGUCUGGUGUAUUUUGUCGCCUUGCCUCCUAGCUCUCCUCCCACUCUUGGUGUUGGCCUGCAACUGGUUCUUCUAAUUUCUGUUUCAUUAAGACAUACAACGCUGAAUAAAUGGCACAGUUUUAUCUCCAGUUUGAUCUCUUGUACUUUUUUUUUUUUUUUGCACAAAAGGGAUUCUUCCGUUCUUGAUUCAGCCUUUUAGCACUGUGCCAGGAAAACAAUGAAAUUCCUCCAGUAAUGCAGUGCCAGAGAACUCCUUGCUGAAAGUCUACCUUCAUCCUCACUUAAUGGGACAAUCCAAGUUGGUCCUUUCUUUGUCCCUUUAUUCCAGUGGACCAGUGAGGGUCUAUGUAGCAACAUUUGUGGUCUAUAUAGAUGAGAGGUAUUCAUUCCUGAAAAAUAUCCUAUGCAAAUAAGCCUUAAGCUGCAUCCAAAAGCUGCACUUCCGGUUCUCUAUAUAUAAGCUAUAUGGAUCUCCUCAUUGGUUAAAUCACUUCUUGGGACUAGGUAUUUUAUCAAUGGAGGAUUCAGACGUCUUUGCUUUGAAAGACUCCUGUGCAAUAUGGUCACUGUCUAAAGAUUUAGAAUAAAAAUUGUAGAUUUGUUAAAA